AUAAAUGUAAAUACCAAACAAUACCUCAGAAAUGAUCACAGUGCUUCAACAACAUUACCCAAAAAUCUUUAGUUGAAUUAGAAUAAUCAAAAAUGAUUAGAAUCGCUUUUUGGUACAUUUAUUGCCAUAUUAAAGUAUACAACAGUGCUCUCAUUUUAAUAUAGGAAUAUGUAUAUUCUUUACAUGAUCGAAGCAGUAGGUGGGUAUUCAAAGUGAACUCGUUGAGUAUUAUAUAUGUACCUCGGUCUCUGAUUAGCACAGGUGUUGCUCAACUAAGCGAACGGAAGAGGGCGCAUGCGAUCUCAAUUUGACACGCGGCCCGAACGCCGAGGAAGAACGAGAAUUAACGGUUGGGAAUGGGAGAAAGGUCUCGCGCUUCAGUCGAACCGAGGCGGGUAAUCGCAGCUCGAGGCUUUUGACUGUUGCGUGCUUCGAUUGUUGACAGUAGCAUCUAACCGCCGUCUUUUCUGUAAUGCGGCACAUUAUUGUAUCAACUACGUUGUGUUUUCUUCAUUUUUACUUUUAGUAAAGACCCAUCAGCCUGUGAGUUAAGGUGACUGCAGUACAGAUGACCACCUCACAGAAAUUCUCAGCAGGACAUUCUGACACAGAGUGGCUGACACCGGCUGUGUCUGACAAGUUCCAGAGCCGGUUUGGAUGGCGUAAAAGUACAGCUGACGGUGGGGACACAGGACUGGGCACCUCUGAUAACACAGAAGAUUUCUGCAGCACUAGCAGCAGUCCGUCCUUCCAGCCCAUCCGCAGUCAGAUCCCCAUCCCAACCGCCCAUGUCAUGCCUUCCACGGCCGGAGCUCUGGCCUCAAGCCUCAAGCCUCGUGCCUCUGAUGAGCGGGCGUCCUCCAGCUCAUCCAGCUCCAAAUCAUCACUUUCCAAAUCUGCGUCCUCGCCUAAUCUGGACGCUCAGGAUGAGGGACAUUUAAAUGCCACUUCAGUCAAACCUGAUUGCCUGAGCCGAUAUCGCAGUCUGGUGAACGGCCUCGACCACACACUUUUUCCCUCCGGAGACCAGACACGACUGGAAGAUGGCCACAAGUUUGACGUACCUUCCAUGGAGCCCACGCUAAAUCAGUCUGGUCUGCUCAGUGGAUUUUCCCCCGAUGUACGCAAGCAUCUGCAAAUGACUGGAUAUGUAGACAAUACUGGCUUGCUGGAACAGACUUAUAAAGUUUUACCGGAGACUAGGACAGGUUUCGGCUGCCCCACGGACCCCCAAAGGAGUGUUUAUUCGGGGUCUGGUGCCUCUGCCAGGAUGUUUUCGGUACCUCAGGGCCUCCUGAAUCAUGCUCUUCUGAGGGACCAGCCCAGCACUGGAGCGUACGAUCCCUUACAAUGUAGUGAGCUGGCCAGCUGGCAGCAGCAAAAGCAGAAACUUGAGAGUUUGAGGCUACAGGUGGAACAAAUGCAGUUAAUGACAGGAGGGGGUGGCCAGUAUGCCUCCCUUUAUUCAUCCGCUCCUCACACAGAGAACAGCAGUUGGGAUGCUGUUGUAAAAGCUAAUGAGAACUUGCUGAAAGAGAAAGAACUCGCCAUUGAAAGGCAGAAACAGCAGAUGUCUCAGCUGGAGCAGCGUCUUAGAGAGAGUGAACUACAGGUGCACAGUGCUCUCAUUGGACGUGGAGCUCCUUACCCAGACAUGUGUCUUUUGAGGCUGCAGGAGGCCCAGCGGGAAAACACCUUUUUGCGAGCCCAGUUUGCCGAGCGCAGCGACUGCUUUACCAAAGGGAAGCUAGAAGCGGACCGGAGACUGGCCGCGGUGGAGGUGGAGAUGCAACGUCUGAAUGAGAUCUUGAAUGAGAGCAGUGGAAAACAUGCAGAGGAGCUAAAGAAACAAGAGGAGAGGAUCCGCAGUCGGGACAAACACAUCAACAGCUUAAAAAAGAAAUGCCAGAAGGAAUCGGAUCAGAACAGAGAAAAGCAGCAGCGGAUUGAGACUCUCGAACGAUAUUUGGCCGACCUCCCUACCAUGGAAGACUAUCAGGCACAGCACAAAAAGCUGGAGGAUGUAGAGGAGAGGGCAGCUCAGCUUCAGGCCACAGUCAGAGAUCUGGAGAUCCAGCUGGAGGAGUCCCGCAGUGCUGGACGCAGCAAAGAGAACCAACUGGAAGAACAGAGGCGGAAGGAGAGAGAACUGCUUACAACAGUCACCAGUCUCCAAAACAGGGUGCAGGAGAGCCUCGAGGACGGAGUGAGAUUGCCUUCUCUUGACAUAGAGAUGCUACGAGAAGAAAACACUAAUUUAAAAGAAGAGCAACAGCGACAUAAAAAGGUUAUUGAAAAACAACUCAGGAUAAUGGAACAGCUGGGCUCACAGAUUAGGACUCUGGAGGAGCAGAUCUCUCAGGAGGACUGCAGCAGUCAGGCCCUGCGAGAAGAGGUGUCACAGAAAGAGGAGAGUAUAUUACAGUUACAUGCUGCAAUGAAGGAGCUCUCAGUGCACAACCAGGAGUUAAUGGAGCACAAUCUGACGUUACAGGAGCGUCUUCAGUGCGAGGACCCAAGUGGUCGGUCCAAUUUGAAUGCUCCUCUGCUCCCCGCAGGGGCCCGGCUCACUCAAAGGCUGUAUGGAGAGAUGUCCACCUGUCUGUGUGACCUCCGCUCCCUCUGUAACAUCCUCACGCAGCGGGCUCAGGGCCGUGACCCAAACCUCUCCAUGCUUCUCGGCAUUGCUUCAGCUCCUCCUCCUGUUGGAGAGCCGUGGGAGGACUGGCUCAGCUCUGAAGGCCUACAGAAGAAGCUUCUAGAAGCUCAGCAGCUCCGUAGAGAUGUUGAGGAGCUGAGAACGACCGUUUCUGACCGUUAUGCUCAGGACAUGGGAGAAAACUGCAUCACUCAGUGAGCGUGGACAAAACAGUGAGGGUAACUCCACAUCAACAGUGCCUUUUCUAUGGAUGUUGAAAGACGCUAAAUGUUCUAGCAAAACCUUCCUCACGAAGGGCAGACAACACUAACAACAUUAGUUUCGUAUACCAGACGGUUAUUUUUAUACAGGGUUCAGAAGAUAUUUUGCUAAAAUUUCUGAUGGCUUUUUGUGCUGUGGAAAGCAAAUUGUUAUUUAAUAUAAACCUUUCCAUGUAUUUGGGAAUGCCUGUGAUGAAGUUGACAAUCAACUGAAAUAUUUAAUCUUCAUGUGCUAAGAAUCGCAACUGAUGCCAUUUUUUAUAAUGGUACUGUCUAUAGUGUAACAUGAGGAUUGGGCUCAAUGACAGGUCAGUUAUCAUCUCAAAGUAACAACGUGCCACAUAGAACACAGCACCUGAGGUUGAGAAAUAUCUCAUAGUUCAAUACCUGUAGUUUUGGCUAUAAUAAUUAGUAAAACAACUGGUGUUUUAAAGCAGUUUAGAGCCAAACAUUCCCUCAUUUUGAAUCUACAAAGAGAUUAAAUAUGUUUGAUGUAUACAGUGUGAAUUUACACUAGCAUAAUGCAAGGGUUGUAAGCAUGAAAUGAUAUCCUAGUUAUAAGUCAAUAGAUGGAGCUUGUCAUUCAUCAAGAUUGCGUAAACAGAUAGUUGUGGAUAUGUCCUCUGAGAGAAUGUUGAGGUCUUAUUGGUUAAACAGUACGUUUUGCUGUGCUUUUUGACUGGCUCAUCUCAUAAAACAUAACUUCCUGUUGGAGCGGUUACUUCCACGUGCCACACAUCAUAUGAACCAGUGCCUUUUCAUAUAUGUGCUCAAGGGCAGAAUGGCUUAAAAAAAGCAUGUGAGAUGUGAUGUGCUUUGUUGAACUUCAUAAUAUUUGCUGUCUGUAAAAAUAACUAAUUGAAUAUGACAUAUGUAAAUUAAUCCAGACAAAGUCAAUAUGUCAAGCAAAUAUUUGUAUUGCAGCACAAAAUACGGAUGUAAAUGCUAACCAUUAUUCUCUUACAAUGUUCAACUGCAGUUCAAGUAUUAGAAUUCUAUUAACAAAAUGGGACCAGCUAUAUUGUGGAGGAGUGUUGUGAGGCGAAUUGUCAUCUUUGGUCCAGGAAUAUCACUACACAGUGUGAGCAUUAAUGUAUCAAUGCAAUACACUUUUUUAAAAUUAUUGUAACAUCUCUUGAAGGUUUAACACAAAACCAGCAAGAAAAACCUAAAGCCAAAAUGUUUAUAGCAAACACUAAAUGUUAAUAUUGAGACAUUUGUCUUGAUUUUGGAGAAAUAAAGUUUUGUUUUUCAGUA